AGGCCCGCCGCCCUCCCGGAUCUCGGGCCGCGGGCGCCAUGCAGCAGCCGGGGUACCCGUCGGGCAGCGGGCGCGCUGCCGCGCUGCGCAAGUCCCGGAGCCAGGGCGGCCUGUCCGCCACCAGCAGCGCCAAGGGGAACGGCGGCGGCCUGUCGCCCCAUGGGCACUCGUCCUCGGCCACCGCGCUGCCUCCGCUGGGGCCGCUGAAGGUCACCUUCCGGGACCCGUUCAAGGAGUCGUCCCCGGGGCUGCCUUCGACGCUGAGGCAGACCAGGCUGAUGAGUGCAUCCGCUGGGUGGAGCCAGAUGCCUAGGCGCCUGGACCACAGGUCGGACUCCUUCCUGCGCCUCGGCGUGCCCGCGGGCGCCGAGGUCGCGACCUCCAAGGCCCAGGCCGCGGAGCAGCGGGCGAGGGCCGCGGCGGUGAAGGAGGAGCCGGAGGACGACCCCACCGCGCUCGACGCCCCCCACCUGGAGACGAUCGCGUCGAUCUACGUGGGGGACGGCGGCGCCGUGGACGCGGACCCGGAGACGGUCGUGGCCCUGGACGAAGUCAAAGCAAUCCUCAAGAAGAACAACGGCGGCAUCGAACUGGACGACGAGGAGUAUCUCAAGCUGGAGCUCGCGAAACUGCACACGGGCGAGGACGCGAUCGCGUUCUUCGCCAGGAAUGGAGCCAUCGCCAAGACCCGGCUGCUCUACUGCAACCGGGCAGACCCUUCAGAGGACGAUAGUUUCCAACCGUAUGAUUUGAAGCUUGUGAAAGAGGACAUGCGGCAGCCAGAGUACUUCACCAUCUCGUCCAGCGGGAUCGUUCACGUCGUGCCAGGGCAGCUGUCCGAGUGCAUCUCGCUGGUGGACUGGAUGCGCCAGACCCUGAUGUUUAGGGUCCUGACGUCCAUGGCAUUCUUCAAGCACUAUAUCCACAGGAAGGUCUUCGAGCAGUGGAAGGUGAACGCUCGCUACGAGGUCUACUGCUCGUGCCGGCGUCGCCUGGCGCGCAGUUGCCUGCUCACCAAGCCGCUGUUCGCGGAGCCGCUCGCGCAGGUCCACAGCCUCAUCUACGAGGUCGGGGAGGUGAAGGUCAUGGACAUCGACCAGACCUGCUACCACCUGGGCUCAUUCUCCGACAAGCAGAACCUCCAGCGCUCGAACCAGGCGACCGGCGCGCAGAAGGAGUUCGAGCAGAAGCACGACGCCGUCGUGGUGCUGCUGGACCGGCUGAUCGCCACGGUGAACCGCUCCAUCGACCACGACCCGACGGCCGGCGGCGACCCGUCCUCGAGGAACAAGUCCAAGUCGAUGGUGCAGGAGAAGCAGGAGGGCCGCGAGCGCGCGAGGCACCAGCGCGUGGCGCGGCAGGACGCCGCCAUGCUGGGCGCGUGCAUCCGGCUCGUGGACCACAUGUUCCAGGCCGCGCUGGUGCACGUGGUGCUGAGCGCCGCGGACGACUUCCUGCAGCGCGUCGCGGCCGCGCAGAAGCUGUUCUUCAUCUCCGUCGGCUUCGGCGAGAGGCACAUCUCGCUCGAGCCCCGCAGGGAGGACUUCCUGGAGACCCUGAGGUCGCUCUGGGAGGGCACCAUCGGUGUCGUGAACCAGGUGCCGUCGCUCUCGACGGUCCGGCAGUACGAGGCGUACACGCGGGUCGCGCCCCACCAGGCCGUCCGGGACAUCCUGCUCAACAAUGCCAACUUCAAUGAGUUCGUGUCUCAGAUCGAGAAAGCGAUCAACGAGAACAUAGACAACACGCAGGCGUAUGCCAACGAGCAGUACGAGCCCUUCAGGCAGAUCUAUGAGUUUGGCACGGAGUGGAGUGAAGAGGCUUACAUCGACGAGGUCCACACGUAUGACGACCUGCACGGAGACAUGACCAGGAUGUGGGAGUUCCAAGAGGACCUCGAAAAAUUCCGCGCCCAUCAUCAGCUCGGGAUCAUCUCCGUUGACGGGAAAGGCCUGCGAGGCGAACUGGUGCCCAUCCCAGAGCAGGCGCUGAAUGCGAUGCGGAGGUGCCUGCUCAAGAUGGCCCAGGAGAAGACGAACGAGGCGACCGACAAGUUCGAGACCAGGAUCAAGCAGCUGGACGAGCGGCCCAAGGAGCUGUCCAAGUUCGCCGCCUACGUGCAGACCUACUCCAGCGUGCUGCAGGAACUCGGGGACCUCGAGUUCCUGAUGGAAGACAUUGAGACAAUGUACGCCCUGCUCCGGAAGGCGAAGGUCAAGCUGUCGACGGACGACCAGGUCGCGGAGGAGAACUUGAAGACAAUGGAGCACGAGUUUACCCACAGCAAGAUGGUCGAGGCAAAGAAGUACAUCGACGAGCAGCAGGCGAAGAUGGCCGAGGAGACGUACCAGAAGAGCCUCGAGAUCGAGGAGAAGAUGCGCGAGAUCCAGGAGACACUCCAGGUUGGUGACUUCGUGGACGCGGAGAAGAUCGGCAUGGCUAGUGAGGUGCUCGAAGAGCUCGAGAGGAUAGGGGAGAAGCAGGUCAAGUACCUCGAGGAGCGCGCGCAGACCUGCUCGGAGUACGAGGGCCUGCUCGGCUCGGCCCCCAAGGUCCCGGCGGGCGAGACGUUCGAGUUCCAGGACCUGGAGAAGGGCAAGAAGCUCUUCCAGCAGAAGUGGCAGCUGUGGGACCUCGCGCACCAGUGGCAGGACAUGUCUGGCACCUGGCUUACCUCGGACUUCCGCGGCGUCGAUGUGGAGGAAAUGGCCAAGAAGGUGAACGCGUCGAACAAGACCGCGUUCAAUCUCUCGAAAGCCCUUGAGGGGGACGAGGUGGUCGCGCAGGUGAAGAACAUGAUCGACGAGUACAAGGAGAAAAUGCCUACCAUCCUGGACCUCGGCAAUCCUGCCAUGAGGCCAAGGCAUUGGGAGAAGCUUUUCAAGAAGAUCAGCCUGCCGUGGAAGGGUCCGUCCUCCGCCAGCAACAUCACGCUCAGCCAGCUGGAGUCCAACGGGAUCUUCGACCACCGCGAGCUCGUCUCGGAGGUGUCCGCGAUGGCGUCGGGGGAGCACGGCCUGGAGACCCAGCUGGACGCGAUCGUCGCCGCCUGGGCUGACCUCCCGCUCCCGAUUCUGAACCACAGGAACCAGCGAGACUUGUGGAUCCUCGGGGACCUGGCCGACGUCAUCACGCUGUGCGAGGACCAUUCCGUCUCCAUCGGCACCAUGAUGGGCAGUCGCUUCGUGCACGGCAUAAAGGAAAAGGUGGAGGUGUGGGAGAAAAAGAUCAACAUGGCCUCGGAUGUCAUCGACGAGUGGUACCAGGUGCAGAGGGCCUGGAUGUAUUUGGAGAACAUCUUCUCGGCGGAGGACAUCCAGCAGCAGUUGCCCUCAGAGGCCGCCAAGUUCAAGCAGGUUGACAAGUAUUGGAAGGAUCUCUUCCGCAAGAUCCGGCAGUCGUUCAAGAACUCCAUGGAUGCAUUCCACAUCCCCGACCUUCUAGUUAAGCUGAAGUGGGCAAACGACACGCUAGAACAUGUGCAAAAGAAGCUGGAGGCCUACCUGGAGACGAAGCGCGCUGCGUUCCCGCGGUUCUACUUCCUGUCGAACGAUGAGUUGCUCAGCAUCCUCUCGCAGACGCGGAACCCGCAGGCAGUUCAGGAGCACAUGAGCAAGUGCUUCGACUCCAUCAACCGCGUGCAGUUUGAGGGCGCCAACAUUGUGGGCAUGAUGGACAUGAUCAAGGAGUCUGUUCCCUUCGUUGAGCCCGUGGUCACAGGCCCAGUCGUGGAGAAGUGGCUCUCGGAGGUGGAGGUGGCGAUGGUCAACGGACUGUAUGCUCUCACCAAGGAGACGCUGCAGCUGUACCCAGAGGACGGUUCAGACCGCACGUCGUGGCUGCUCGAGGGCAGGUCUGCUCUAGCGUCGCAGGCACAGCUGCUUGUCGACCAGGUGAACUGGACACAGCUUGCAGAGGUGGCGCUGGAGCAGAUGAGCGCUGGAACGGACGUGAACGCCAUGAAGACGAACAUCGAGUUUCACAACAGGCAGCUGGCCAACUCGGUCAGCAUCGUGAGGAUGCAGCUAACAAAGCUGCAGCGCGUGCUGAUGGGUGCCCUGAUCGUGCUCGACGUGCACGGCAUCACCGUGCUGGACAAUCUCGUCGAGAGCGGCUGCAUGUCACCAAACGAGUUCGAUUGGAGCAAGCAGCUGCGGUACUACUGGGUGGGCGAGAACGGCGCAGUCACGUCCCAGGGCGACACCAUCUCGGACGACUGCGUGUGCAAGCAGACCAUCGCCUGCUUCAAGUACUCCUACGAGUACCUCGGCAACACGCCUCGGCUCGUCGUCACUCCGCUGACGGACAAGUGCUACAUGACGCUCACGGGCGCCAUGCACCUGAACUACGGCGGCGCCCCCGCGGGCCCCGCCGGCACGGGCAAGACCGAGACCACCAAGGACCUGGGGAAGGCGCUGGCCGUGCCGAUCGUCGUCUUCAAUUGCUCCGACGGCCUGGACUACAAGAUCAUGGGGCGCUUCUUCAGCGGCCUCGCGCAGGCCGGGGCCUGGGCCUGCUUCGACGAGUUCAACCGGAUCCAGGUCGAGGUGCUGAGCGUCAUCGCGCAGCAGAUGCUCACCGUCACCCAGGCCAUCCGGGCCCGCAAGGAGACCUUCGAGUUCGUCGGCAACGAGAUCCCGCUGAACAGGCGCUUCGGGGUGUACAUCACCAUGAACCCCGGGUACGCGGGGCGUGCCGAGCUGCCCGACAACCUGAAGGCGCUGUUUCGGCCAGUGGCCAUGAUGGUCCCAGACUACGGCCUCAUCGCCGAGAUCAUUCUGUACUCCGAGGGUUUCAACGCCGCGAAGCUCCUGGCGCGGAAGAUGGUGAAUCUCUACCGCUUGUCCUCGGAGCAGCUUUCGAAGCAGGACCACUACGACUUCGGCAUGCGCGCCGUGAAGUCAGUGCUGGUGAUGGCCGGGCACUUGAAGCGUCAGAACCCAGAUCUUGAGGAGAACGUGACCCUGAUCCGCGCUCUCCGGGACUCGAACGCGCCGAAGUUCCUCUCCUUCGACCUGCCACUGUUUAGCGGCAUCAUCAGCGAUCUGUACCCCGAGGUGACCAUCCCCAGCGUGGACUACGGCGACCUGAAGGUGGAGAUGGAGAGGCAGCUGCGCGUGGCCGGGCUGCAGAUCGUCCCCGCCUUUGUGACCAAGAUCACGCAGCUCCUGGAGACGCAGCUGGUCCGCCACGGGGUCAUGCUGGUGGGCCUCACGAUGACCGGGAAGACCACCGACUGCACCAUCCUGGCCAAGACGCUCACGCAGCUGCGCAAGGACGGCUCCACGGACGCCGCGCACCAGCUGACCAAGAUCUUCAACCUCAACCCCAAGAGCAUCACGAUCGAGGAGCUGUAUGGCUCCUUCAACGAGAACACGGGCGAGUGGAAGGACGGGCUUACGGCCAUCCUUGUGCGGGAGGCCGUCAGCGAUUCCUCCGACAACAAGAAGUGGAUCAACUUCGACGGCCCAGUCGACGCGAUUUGGAUCGAGAACAUGAACACGGUGCUCGACGACAACAAGAUGCUCUGUCUCGCCAACGGCGAGCGCAUCAAAUUGCCGCCAAGCAUGACAAUCAUGUUCGAGGUCAACGACUUGCAGGUGGCGUCGCCAGCGACGGUGAGCCGAUGCGGCAUGGUGUACCUUGAGCCGGUGCACUUAGGCUGGAAGCCGCUGAUUGACAGCUGGGCGGAGAGGUUUGCAGAGAAGUACCCGCUUCUGGCUCCGAAUCUCGGCAAGUGGGCAACCGACAUUUGCACGGCGGUCGUCCCUUUCAUCCGCGAAGAGUGUCAGGAGGCACCGGGCAUUCCUUCCAUGGACGCCAACCUCAUCCAGAGCUUCCUUCGCAUGAUGACCACUUUUAUAUCAGAGAGGCACCAGUUCGUGCCCCAGGGCGAAGAGGAUAGGAAGCCCCUGAAAUCGGAGGACGACGAGAAGAGGCUCGCGGCCAUCUACUGUGCCAUGAGUGCCAUCUGGUCCCUCGGGGCCAACCUGCACGAGAACUCCCGGAAGAAGUUUAUGACGUUCAUCCGCCCGCACCUCCAGAAGUUCUGCGCUCAGCUUCCCGCGGACGGUGACUUGUACAUGAUGUACGUGAAGGACGAAGACUGCACCGUGGCCGAACUGUCCUGCAUUGUGCCCGAGUUCAGCUACCAGAUGGAUGAGCCGUUCUUCAACAUUCUGGUGCCGACCGCCGAGACCACGGGUCAGAGGAUGCUGCUGGACAACUUGCUGCAGUCUGGGUACCAUGUCUUGUACGCUGGCGAGACGGGCGUGGGCAAGUCUGUGGGGAUCCAACAGUUCUUGAACACUGCUGGCGAGAAGUUCUCCACGGCGACGGCCAACUUCAGCGCGCAGACCAGCACUGCCAACGUGGUGGACAUGCUGGAGAACCGCCUCGAGCGCAAGCGCAAGAACCUGCUGGGUGCACCGCCAGGGACCACGAUGCUCUUCUUCAUCGACGACAUCAACAUGCCGAUGCUGGAGUUCUACGGAGCCCAGCCGCCCAUUGAGCUCCUGCGGCAGGUCAUCGACUACGGCGGCUUCUACGACAAGAAGAAGCUCUUCUGGAAGGCUGUAGCCGACACGCAGUUCAUCGCGGCCUGCGGCCCUCCUGGCGGAGGCCGGAUGGUAGUGACGCCCAGACUGUUCAGGCAUUUCAACAUGCUUUGGAUGCCCAACCUUUCGCUAGAGGCCAUGAACCAGAUCUUGUCCAGCAUCCUGGGCGGCUGGCUCCACAACGUAAAGCCAGAUCUCGAAGGUGUCGCUGUGCCGAUUGUCAAGGCUUCCGUGGACAUGUUCUUCAAGAUCACGAACGACCUGCUGCCUACCCCUGUUAAGUGCCAUUACACCUUCAACCUGCGAGACCCCGCCAAGGUGGUGCAGGGCAUGUUGAUGGUCAACGUCAAGAAGGCGCUCAACAGCGAGAAGGACCUGACGAAUCUGUUCUUGCACGAGAUGUCCAGGCAGUUCAGGGACCGUCUCAUCGACGACCAUGAUCGCGGCUGGUUCGAUGCGACGCUGGCGGGAGCACUCGGGGCGCAGACCAACCAGAAGGUCAGCGCUGAGGAAUUCAGAGAGCUCAUCUUCGGCGACUUCCUGGAUCGCGCUGAGCGACCAUACGAGCAGGUGGAAAGUCAGGAGAAAUGCGUCGAGAUCUUCAACGAGUGGCUGGAUGACUACAACCAGACCAACCCCACCAAGAUGGAUAUCGUAUUCUUCAGGGACGCAUGCUCGCACCUGGCACGCUGCACCCGUACCAUUCGCCAGCCCAGAGGCAACAUGCUGCUCGUGGGCGUCAGCGGCGUCGGCCGCAAAUCCAUCGCGCGCAUGGGAGCGCACAUGGCAGACUACCAGUGCUACUCCAUCGAGAUCACGCGCCAAUACGAUGGGAACGCCUUCAAGGAUGACAUCAAGAACAUGAUGCUGGCGGUGGCCAAGGGUGGCGGCAAGGGGAUCAUGUUCCUCUUCUCGGACACCCAGAUCGUGAAGGAGUCGUUCCUGGAGGAUAUUAACAACAUACUCAACACUGGCGAGGUUCCGAACUUGUUCGCUCCCGACGAGGCCGAGCAGGUCAUUAGUUUGAUGCGCCCGGUGGCAAAGGCUGCCGGCAAGCCAGAGUCGCGCGACGCUGUCUGGCAGUAUUUUGUUCAGGUGGUGCGCGAGAAUCUCCACGUGACGCUUGCUUUCUCGCCAGUCGGCGAUGGCUUCCGGGGGCGCUGCCGGCAGUUCCCGUCCAUCAUAAAUUGCGCCACCAUCGACUGGUAUAGCGCAUGGCCCAAAGACGCGCUUUACUCGGUGGCGGAGAGGCGCUACGGACAGGCACCAAAGGAGCUCGGCCUGGAGUCUCUAAUCCCCCAGCUCUCCGCGAUCUCUGGCCUCAUGCACAGCAGCUCCAAGGAGGCCGCGGAACAGUUCUUCGACAUGUUGAAGCGGAGGACGUACAUGACUCCCACCUCGUACCUUGAGCUCAUCGGGCUCUUCGUGGAUCUGGUUGGCAAGAAGAGGGGCGAGAUCACCACGAAGCUCGAGCGCUACAAGGUGGGCGUGAAGACCCUGAACGAGACGAAGGUGGUGGUGGACGACCUCAAGGGCUCCCUGCAGAAGAUGCAGCCCGAGAUCGAGCAGGCCAAGAAGGAUACUGCGGAGCUGAUGAUACAGGUGGAGAAGGACCAGGCCAUCGCCAAGGAUAAGAGCGAGGCGUGUGCCGUGGACGAGGCCGCGGCGUCCGCUGCCGCCACGGAGGCCAACGCCAUCAAGGACGACUGCCAGAAGGAUUUGGACGCGGCCCUGCCAGAGUACUACAGUGCGAUCAAAUCGCUGGACGCCCUGGAUAAGAAAGACAUCUCUGAGGUCAAGAAUUUCACGAAGCCGCCUCCGCUGGUGGAGACCGUGCUGUCCGCCGUGUGCUUGCUUCUUGGGGCGAAGGAGACGUGGGAAGACGCCAAGAAGCAGAUGAACGACUCCAACUUCCUGCAGAACCUGAAGAACUACGACAAAGACUCGCUGGCUCAGAAUAAGAAGCUCACGAAGAACCUUGCGAAAUACAUCAACAACCCAGACUUCACGCCGGAGAAGGUCAAAAAUGUCUCUUCGGCCGCCACGUCCCUCUGCAUGUGGGUGCGCGCCAUGGACGUGUACGGCCGGGUGGCACGGGAGAUCGAGCCUAAGAAGGAGAAGUUGAAGGGCGCGGAAGACACUUUGAACGGCGCGCAAGAGAAGCUCAGAAUCGCCAAAGCGGAGUUGCGCAUUGUCCUCGACAAUGUCGCGUCGCUCGAGGCCAAGCUCGAUGCGGCGAAGAAGAAGGCCGCCCAGCUCGAGAAGGACGCGGAGGACUGCGUGGUGAAAUUGGGACGCGCGGAGAAGCUGCUGGACGGCCUGGGCAACGAGAGCGUGCGCUGGGACGCCGCCAGCGACGUCCUCGACAAGAACCUGAAGUACGUGGUGGGCAACAUCGUGCUCGCGGGUGGCUUCAUCGCCUACACGGGUCCCUUCACGGCUGAGUUCCGCCGGGACCUGGUCGCCAAAUGGCUCACCGAGGCUCAGACGCUGGAGCUGGACACCGACCCCAGCUGGCGGGCGGCCGACGUGCUCGUCGACCCGGCCGAGGUCCGCAGUUGGAAUAUCCACGGCCUGCCCUCCGACGACCUGUCCGUGGAGAACGGCCUCAUGGUGACGCGCGGGCGCCGCUGGCCCCUGAUGAUAGAUCCGCAGGGGCAGGCAAACCGCUGGGUGCGCAACAUGGGCAAGGAGAAGAACAUCACGAUCACGAAGCUCUCCGACGGGAUGUACCUGCGGAAGAUGGAGGCGUGCAUCCGCAACGGCUGCGCCCUCCUCAUCGAGAACGUGGAGGAGGUGCUCGACCCGGCGCUGGAGCCCGUGCUCACGAAGGCCAUCUUCAAGAAGGGCGGGCAGUUGCUCCUGCGCCUGGGGGACACCGACGUCCCCUACUCGGACGACUUCAGGUUCUACAUCACCUCGAAGAUGGCGAACCCGCACUACCUGCCGGAGGUGUGCAUCAAGGUCACCAUCAUCAAUUUCACCGUGACCCUGCUGGGCCUCGAGGACCAGCUGGUGGCCGAGGUGGUCGCCUGCGAGCGCCCGGAGCUCGCGCAGCAGCGGCAGGAGCUGGUGGUGCAGAUCGCGGCGGACAAGAAGACCCAGGACGACCUCGAGCAGCUCAUCCUGAAGCUGCUGGCGGAGGCAGGCGGCGAUGUCCUCAAGGACGACACGCUGAUCAAGACUCUGGACCAGUCCAAGGCCACCGGCUCGGAGAUCAAGGACCGCAUGGUCGUGGCCGACAAGGCGAUGGCCGAGAUCGACAAGGUGCGCGAAGAGCUGAGACCGGUGGCGACGCGGGCGUCUAUUCUCUACUUCGUCGUGGCCGACCUGGCCAACAUAGACCCCAUGUACCAAUACAGCCUCGAGUUCUUCGUCACAUUAUUCCAGGAUCGCCUCAGGGAAUCCGAGAAGGACGAGGACGUGAGCAAGAGGAUAGCCAUCCUGAUCGACGAUUUCACGAGGUUCAUCUUUCUGAAUAUCUGCCGCGGCCUUUUCGAGGACCACAAGCUCCUGUUCGCGUUCCUGAUCUCCGCCCAGAUCCUCCGGAACGGCACGCACUCCGCGUUCCUGGGCAAGAGGGCCAUCACGCCUUCCGAGUGGCUGUUCUUCCUGCGCAGCCAGGAGGCGGGGAAGGGAACGCUGACAGAGGACCACGAGGAUCCGCAGGUGCCGAGGUGGGUAAGCCCAGCGGCGUGGGCGAAGCUAAGCGUGCUGCAGCGGUUGACGGAGGCAUCCGGCGAGACAGCCUUCUCUGGCCUCCUGGACGCCAUUGCAGGCGGCGGCAGCGGGUGGUCCUCCUUCUGCACCGCGGACGACAUGCCGUCCCGGCCCUUCCCGUCCGACUUCGCGGGGAAGCUGUCGGCGUUCCAGCAGAUGCUGGUGAUCAAGUCCCUGAAGGAGAACCUGCUCACGCUGGUGGCCAGGAACGUCGUCUCCGCCGAGCUGGGCAAGAUGUACAUCGAGUCUCCGCCGUUCGAUCUGGAGGGCGCCUUCAGCGAUUCGAAGCACGUCAUGCCGCUGAUCUUCGUGCUGUCGGCGGGCGCCGACCCCACCGAGUCUCUCCUGUCCCUCGCGGCCGACAAGGGCUACUCCGAGCGCCUCCACUUCAUCUCUCUGGGCCAGGGCCAGGGCCCGAAGGCGGAGCAGCUCAUCAAGAUGGGCUGGGAGACGGGCGACUGGGUCUGCCUGCAGAACUGCCACCUGGCGGCCAGCUGGAUGGGGAAGCUGGAGGCCAUCCAGGAGUCACAGGACCCAGACAAGAUCAGCGAGGACUAUCGCCUGUGGCUCACCAGCAUGCCCUCGGCGGCCUUCCCCGUCCCGGUGCUGCAGGGGGGCCUGAAGAUCACGAACGAGCCGCCGAAGGGCCUGCGGGCCAACGUGGGCCGCACGUUCGCUGACAUGACCGAGGAAGCGUUCGAGUCGUGCCCAUCAAAGCCCAUGGAGUACAAGAAGUUGCUUUUUGGUUUGGCGUUCUUCCAUGCAGUGAUCCUCGAGAGGAGGAAGUUCGGCCCCAUCGGCUGGAACAUCCCGUACGAGUGGAUGGACUCGGACUUCCAGGUCUCCAGAGAGCAGGUGAGGAUGUACCUGGUCUCGCAGUCAGACGUGCCCUGGAUCACGCUGCGCUACAUCAUUGCAGACGUGAAUUACGGCGGCCGCGUGACAGACGACAAGGACGUCAGGCUGAUGUCCGCGCUGCUGAAGCAGUACUUCGUCGAGGACAUGUUCGACCAGAAGUUCCGCUUCGCGGGCCUGGAUGCCUACUACCCACCGCCAGAGGGCCCCCUCGAGCAAACGCGGGAAUAUGUCAAGACCUUGCCCCUGGACGAGGACCCGCGCGUGUUUGGCCUACACCCAAACGCUCUCAUCACCGCCCAGCAGCAGCAGGCCAGGCAGCUGAUCGACACCAUUGUGAGCGUACAGCCCCGCAUAUCGUCCGGGGGCGGCGGGAAGAAGCCCGAGGAGAUCGUGUCGGAGAUCGCGGAGGGCUUCCUCAAGAUCAUCCCUGAUGCGGAGAAGACCAAGAACGCCCACUCCAGCACGUACAAGAAGAUCGCUGGCGGCGGCAUCGUGUCCAUAGGUGUCUUCCACGGGCAGGAGUACGCGCGCCUGUCUAAGAUGAUCUCCACCGUGAAGUCGAGCUUGAAGACCCUUGGCAAGGCCAUCCAAGGCAUUGUUCUCAUGUCUGCGGAUAUGGAGGGCAUGUUCAAUUCCUUCCUUGUUCAGAAGGUGCCGGCCAAUUGGGAGAAAGUUGCCUACCCUUGCCUGAAGCCGCUCAACUCCUGGGUGCUGGAUUUCAUCGAGAGGAUCAAGUUCAUGGGCACCUGGCUCACCCAAGGUGCGCCCUCGAGCUUCUGGGUGCCUUGCUUCUUCUUCCCUCAGGGCUUCAUGACGGCGGCGCUGCAGCUGCACGCGCGCAAGACGAAGAUCCCGAUCGACACGCUCGAGUUCUUCUCGGCAGUCAGCAAGACCCCGCACGCGGCAGACGCGGAGGCUCCCGAGUCUGGGGUCAACAUCCACGGGUUGUUCCUCCAGGGCUGCGGCUGGGACCUUGCCUCAGGCCAGCUCAAGGAGUCCGUCAAGGACGUGCUGUUCGAGCCCAUGCCGGUGAUCUGGCUGGAGCCGUGCAGCAGCACCGACGUCCCGAAGCGUGUCGCGGAGUGGAACCUGUACAUGUGCCCCAUCUCGCGGAAGGGCACCCUCUCCACCACGGGGCACUCCACCAACUUCGUCAAGUACUUCCCGCUGUCCCAGCCGUCGCCCGACCCGUCGUUCUGGGUAUGCAGGGGCGUGGCCAUGCUGUGCAUGCUGGACGACUAGCAGCCGUGCCCGCAGCCUGCAGCCUCCUCCUCCUCCUUCCCCCUACCCCCCCCCUUGCGUCACCCCGCUUCGCCCUGGAGGGCGGACGACGGCCCCCAGCCAAGCUGGGCAGCCGCGCGCCCUCGCGGCCGUCAGCCUUUACCGCCCGGCCGUUUGCUGGCAGAGCGAUCCAGCGCCCCACUUUCCCCGGGGGCGUGGGGAUCAAGCGGUGGCGUGGCGUUGCCUGUAGGCCCACCAGAAAGUGUUGUAGGAACAUUUUGAGGUCUGGCUGAAACAGUCUUGUUUCAGCACGUCGGCCUAAUGCUUUCAUGAGACUGGAGAUGCAUGAGUAAAGAAACAGUGUUG